UCUCGGAACCGGCUGGCGCCGCCCCUCCCGCUGGUGUGAGCGCAUCAGGGACCGUGACCAUGGCCCCAGCCGGGGCUCUGCCAGUCCGGGUGGAAACCACUCCAGUGGCCCAGGGCGCCGUGACUAAGGCUCCUGUCAGUGUCUGCGUGGAUACCACGACGUCCCAGCCCCUGCGGCCCCCUGUGGGGACCUUGGUGACCAAAGUGGCUCCUGUCAGUGCUCUUCCUAAACUCAGCAGUGGCCCUGGGUUGCCUGCUCCUCAGAUAGUCACCGUGAAAGCCCCCAGCGCCACAACAAUCCAGUUGCCGGCUAAUUUGCAACUUCCUCCAGGAACAGUUUUGAUCAAAAGUAACAGUGGUCAGUUGAUGUUGGUGUCUCCUCAGCAAGCUGUAACAAGAGCCGAGACCACAAGUAACAUAACUUCAAGGCCAGCAGUACCAACGAAUACUCCAACUGUCAAAAUUUGUACAAUGCCGAAUUCUAGCUCAAAUUUAAUCAAGAAAGUAGCAGUAGCACCUGUUAAAAAUUUGGCGCAAGUAGGAGCUACUGUGGUAACCACUGCUCCGAAGCCUUCCCCUUCCCCGGUACAAUCAGUGUCUGUGCCAACCAGUGUUGUCACAAUUACUCCUGUAAAGCCGUUGAAUACCGUAACUACCCUGAAGCCUUCAAAUUUGGGAGCAUCAUCCACCCCUUCAAACGAGGCCAGUCUCAAAGCAGAGAACUCAGCAGCCGCUCAGACCAAUCUUUCUCCAGCGAUGCUGGAAAAUGUGAAGAAAUGCAAGAACUUCCUUGCAAUGUUAAUAAAGCUAGCAUGUAGUGGCUCACAGUCCCCAGAAAUGGGGCAGAAUGUGAAGAAGCUGGUGGAACAACUUUUGGAUGCAAAAAUUGAAGCAGAAGAAUUUACUAGAAAAUUGUAUGUUGAACUUAAGUCUUCACCUCAGCCUCAUCUAGUUCCUUUUCUUAAGAAAAGUGUGAUUGCCUUACGACAACUUCUCCCUAACUCCCAGAGCUUCAUUCAGCAGUGUGUUCAGCAGACAUUCAGUGAGGUGGUCAUUGCUACCUGUACCACAACAGUAACAACGUCCCCUCUGGUGACCACAACCGUUUCCUCAAUCCAGUCUGAAAAGCCCAUCUUUGUUUCUGGGGCAACAACACCCAGAACUGUGUCAGUGCAAACUCCGAAUCCACUUGGUGGUCAAGGGGGAGCAAAAGCUGGAGUUGUGACACUUUGUCCUGUGGGUCCAGGUGUGGUUCCUCCUAGUACAACAGCUGGUGGUGUUUUGCUUCAGACUUCCAAACCUCUUGUGACAUCUGUACCAAAUACAGUGAGGACGGUCUCGCUUCAGCCUGAGAAGCCAGUUGUCUCUGCAGCGGCAGUACUGACCCUCCCAUCGGUAACUUUUGGAGAAGCUUCAGCCACAGCUCUUUGUCUGUCACCCGGGAAACCUGUUGUUACUUCUGCUGGGACCACAUCUGAUAAGCCUGUUACUGGCGCUCCAGUCCAAAGCACACUUGUCCAGCCAGGCUCUGUCUUUUCACAACCAGCUGGGAUUCCACAGGCAGUCAAAGUCAAGCAGCUAGUAGUCCAGCAGCCUUCAGGUGGCAUUGCAAAACAAGUGACCACACUUUCCCAUUCUUCAGCAUUGACUAUUCAGAAAUCUGGACAGAAGAAGAUGCCAGUGAACACCAUAAUAUCUACUAGUCAGUUUCCUCCAGCUUCUAUUCUAAAGCAAAUUACUCUGCCUGGAAAUAAAAUUCUCUCACUUCAAGCAUCUCCUAUUCAGAAAAAUAAAAUCAAAGAAAAUGGAACAUGCUUCAGAGAUGAAGAUGACAUCAACGAUGUGACUUCCAUGGCAGGGGUCAACCUCAACGAAGAGAAUGCCUGCAUCUUGGCAACGAAUUCUGAAUUGGUCGGCACACUCAUUCAGUCAUGUAAAGAUGAACCAUUUCUUUUCAUUGCAGCUUUACAAAAGAGAAUUUUAGAUAUUGGUAAAAAGCAUGACAUUACGGAACUUAACUCUGAUGCUGUGAACUUGAUCUCUCAUGCAACGCAGGAGCGAUUACGAGGCCUUCUAGAAAAACUGACUACAAUCGCUCAGCAUCGAAUGACUACUUACAAGGCAAGUGAAAAUUACAUCCUGUCUAACGAUACCAGGUCACAGCUCAAAUUUCUUGAAAAGCUGGAUCAAUUGGAGAAACAGAGAAAGGAUUUGGAAGAGCGAGAAAUGUUACUUAAGGCAGCUAAGAGUCGUUCCAAUAAAGAAGAUCCAGAACAGCUGAGAUUAAAGCAGAAAGCCAAAGAGUUACAGCAAUUGGAGCUUGCACAGAUACAGCACAGAGAUGCUAAUCUCACGGCUCUUGCAGCUAUUGGACCAAGGAAGAAGAGACCACUAGAAUCUGGAAGUGAGGGCUUAAAAGAUAACCUUCUUGCUUCUGGAACAUCCAGCCUGACAGCCACCAAACAGUUGCUUCGCCCAAGAAUCACCAGAAUCUGCCUCAGGGACUUGAUAUUCUGUAUGGAACAGGAAAGAGAGAUGAAAUAUUCUCGAGCUCUAUACCUUGCCCUUCUGAAGUGAGCACUCCACUCUCCAUCUAGAUCCUUGCUACCUACUGCCAAAGAUGACAUCAAGAGCAUUGUUGCACUGUCUGAAAUUUUCCAUUUCUGGAAAAUAAUCACCAAUAUGGAACACCAUUGUUUACAGUUACAACCUUUUAUUAAGUCUUACGUGCAUACCCGAUGGGAUUCUUAUAGACUAGAAUUCAGCUUUGUUUUUUGAAAAUUAGUUCUGAAAUACAUUUUCCAUAAAAAAUAGGCAUCUGCCUACCUGUGCAUUUAAUAGCAAAUUAAGAUCUUACUUGUUACGACCUGCUUAAGUUGCCAGCCUGUAACAGGUGAGGUGUCUUUCUAUAAUGCAGCCUGCAGUGCUAUGUAAGAGAAAGAAGAAUCACUACCGAGAAAAAUGUGUUCAUCCAUACUGAGCCGGUCUCAGAGUGUUAGCUUUUUCGUGCUAGAAUCAGAAGUUGCUUAGCUAACUAUGACAGUCACCUUCUAUAGUUGAAGGUGACAGGCCACAGAGUAGGGCCUGUGGUGACUUUGGUUGGCUGAGACCCAGUCUUGUCAACAUGAGACAAAUAGGGAUAGUUUGUGCCUGAGGUUGCUAAUUCUCUGGUUCAUAUCACUAUGUGCUACUUCUACCAAGUGAGUGGACAGCUUUGUCAGAGAAACCUUAAAUUUGAAGCUGCUGAUAUACCUCAAUAGAAAAUGGAAAAAGUAGAAAGUAUAGGAAGGAAGGAUGGAGCAUUGAGUUCAAAUUGAAGAGGGCAAAAUGAAAAUGGAAACAUAAAACAGGAAAUGUGAUGCAUGCACCCAACAGGGACAGGGGUGGAACUCCAAAGUGACUGUACAUGUUUUGUUGAUGGAUUAAAAAAAAAGAAAAAUCACAGCUCAAUCAAAAAAGGAAAAUGGUAUCCGGCAUUUUCACAUUACAGUAUUUCAGAAGGAAAAGUUAUUUUUUUGUUUUGUAUUGUUCGAGAUUCCAGGAAAGAUGGUUUUAGUAUUUCCUUCUCUCAUAAAAUUAUUUAGUUGCCCAACAUUUUAGGUAUCUUGCCACAUUUAAAAAAAAAAAAAUCAUAAUUCAUGAUUAGAAAUGUUUAGCAGAACUCCAUUUUGGAUUCUGUAGUUAAAGAGGUCACAUCAGCAUCUCACCCUUGGAGAUCUUCGCUCUAAAUAUGGAAAGUGUGUUACGUGUUAUACAUGGUCAUCUGAGAAAGGCUGGUGUAUAAAGCAGACCCUCUUUUUGUUUUUUUUCUCCUUUCCAAUUUGACCCGUGUGAAAUUCAGCUGGUAAAAUAGAACAGCUGCAGUUAGAAUCACAUACAUAAAGAAUGACUGAAACCUCCAAGAAGGUUUUUAAAGAAUGAGAAAUGCCGUGCUGCUUAGAAAAAAGAAUUCAGGGGGAAAUAAACACCUCAACUGCUACUCUUCAUCCUCUUCCCGGUGGGACUGUUAUGGCCAUGUUCUAUACUGUAGUAAGUUUUAAAUUGGCCACAUUUUUUUUGUUUCAGCAAGUUAUGUAAAAUGCUAUAAAUUAUGUACAUGUUAAAAGAAUACUUUUAGAAGAGAUCUAUACCCAAAGUUGUUUUUGUAUAUUUAAAUGCUUAGCUUUAUUUUUUUUGUAAAGUGCAGCAUAUGCCUGUAU